GCAAAACCCUAGAUGAAGCGGUGUCGCCUCCGUCUCAGCAAGAACACCAACCGACAAGCUUGGCGGGGUCACUGCCGACAGUUGCCAUGCAAGUGCUUGAACGCCUUAGUUGAUGCUCUAGAGACGAUAGUCCUUCCACCUAUGGCAAAGGGGGUCCAGCCAAGUCUUGGGUCGACCUCCUGAUGAUGUAUACUCGUUUAAUGAGGGCGCUUGGAAGGUGAAGAUGGCACCACCAGCACCCAUCCAUCAAGCUAUAAAGACAUUGUCUCCUAUCCCAGCUGUCCUGACAAUCCAUCAACCAACUCACCUUCUCACCUUCUCUUCCCUUCUUUCUCUUUAUUCCAACUAUAGUCUUUUGCUCUCCUUCCAUUCUACACAAUGACCAACCUCAAGUGGAUCAUUGCAGUGGCCGGCCUCCUGUCUGGACAGGUCCUGGCUGCUCCUACUGCCACCACCCACGCUAAGCGUGCCACUGUCAGCGACAGUGCUUUCGGCUACGCCAGCCUGAACGGCGGCACCACCGGUGGAUCCGGCGGAACCACGACGACCGUCUCCUCGUACGCGGCCUUCACCUCGGCCGUCAGCAGCGACGACAAGAAGGUGGUGUAUGUCAGCGGCACGAUCAGCAAGGCGGCCGACCAGGUCAAGGUGGGCAGCAACACCUCGAUCAUCGGCAAGGACGCCAACGCCAUCCUGGACGGAUUCGGCCUGCUGGUCAAAAAGAAGGAGAACGUGAUCAUCCGCAACCUGGGCGUGAAGAAGGUGUUGGCCGACAACGGCGAUGCCAUUGGUGUUCAAUACUCCAACAACGUCUGGAUCGACCACUGCGACGUCUCCUCCGACCGCGACCACGACAAGGACUACUACGACGGUCUGAUCGACGUCACCCACGGUUCCGACUACGUGACCAUCUCCAACACCUUCCUCCACGACCACUGGAAGGCCUCGCUGGUGGGCCACUCGGACAGCAACUCCGACGAGGACACCGGCCACCUGACCGUGACCUACGCCAACAACUACUGGUACAACAUCAACUCGCGCGGCCCCUCCUUCCGCUUCGGCACCGGCCACAUCUACAACAGCUACUACCUCGAUGUCAGCGACGGCAUCAACACCCGCGACGGCGCCCAGCUGCUGGUCGAGUCCAACGUCUUCAGCGGCUCCAAGAAGCCCCUCUACUCGACCGACAGCGGCUACGCCGUCGCCAACGACAACGACUUCGGCGAUGGCGAGAACGCCGCCGACAAGGGCACGUUGACUUCCGUGCCGUACAGCUACACUCUGCUCGGCUCGAGCAAGGUCAAGAGUGCUGUUGUGGGCACGGCCGGACAGACUCUUACUUUCUAAGCUUGACUAGCUUGCCUAGCUUAGCUUCGCUCUGCCGGAUGAGCGGGGUUAGUAAGGGGGUAGUGGAUAGCAGUGGUAGUGGUGGUGGUUUGUCAUUCGUUUAAUUUCU